AUGGAUCCAACGAUUACUUGUGAUUUAAAAUUGUGUCUGUUGUCUACUGCUGACGUGAUAUGGCUACGAUUACAAAGAAACGCAGUUCAGCCACCGAACCAGCAGACAAGAUUUAUUCGCAGUUAAUACGGAGUUAACGUAUACAUUAACAAAAAUACAAAUGCACCUAUGAACAUGCUAAAUGUUCCGACAUGGCCUAGACAAGGUACAGGUGUUCCGCGACUUGUGAAUCCAGCACAAACAUGGAACAACAUUACUGUAAGCAAAGCUAACCAUGGAGGACUAUACAAAUAUGGCGCCAACAAACCAAAGCGUGUGAGAACAGCAUUCACUAGCAAACAAAUGGCGGAACUAGAACAAGAAUACACUAGCACAAAAUACCUAGACCGGGCACGUCGCUUGGAGCUAGUGGAAAUUUUACAACUCAACGAGAGGACUAUAAAAAUAUGGUUCCAGAAUAGAAAUAUGAAAGAAAAAGAGAUUUUGACGGAUCACUUAGAAGUUAAACUUGAACGGUCUGAAGAAACCAGCAUGACUGCUUCUUCGCCAGAUAUAGGUCCGCUUUUAGUUCAUCACAAGUAAUUCAAUGACCUAAUGCUUACUGAACCAAACCAACCAGGACAAUCUCUUUCUAUCGUGCCGAUGUAUGGGCUACAAACGUUACUUCUGCCUCCGACACCAAAUGGAAUCGUUUAA